CAUAAAGUUGGAAAGUUCUUCGGCCAGUGCAGCUCGUUAUAUAAGCAGAUGACCGUUUGUUUAAAGAACGAAAGAGAAAUCUACAGAAAGAGGAACCAGGUUAAGGCGCAGGAACGGCAAGAGAGGGUGCUUAAAAACUUGGAAGAGUUAAAAAAGCAGUCAAAUUCGACUUAGUCUAUUUUAAAAAUGAGCACCACAGAAGUUUACAUUGCUCCGCCAAUUGAGCGCAGUUUUGAGAUGGUGGAAAAAAUUUUGACAGUGUCAGAACGCUACUACACACCGCGUUAUGUCCUCAAUGCGAGUGGAAUCGAGGGAGAAGACCUUUGCAUCCUCUUUCACUCGAAUAAAAUCUGCCUGGUGACACUGGCCCCGACACAUCCCAUAAUUACCGAGAAGAAGGAAGUGGUCAAGUUUAAUUUUGAGAUUUCCAAGAAUGUUGAUCGCAGGCAAAACAAGGUUUCAGGCAAAGGCAAAAAUGGAGCACAGGUCCUGCAACCAAGCUCUCCUCUUUGUUUUGUAGAAUGUAGUGACGGAAGUAGCUACAGUAUUUGCAGUUGCCUCAAUGGAAAGCUAAUAGAGUUCAACGAGAAAAUGAUUUCAGACCCUAACCUCAUUGCUCAACGUCCUCAGGCGGAGGGUUACAUAGCUAUUGUGUUGCCAAACAUUGUGAACAGCUGCAAGGCAAAGGAGCAACUCAUGACUAAAGAAGACUAUGAGAUUGCUCGAAGCAUUAAAGUUGAUUAGUUAAAAAUCUAGAAA